UGAACGCGGAAGUGUGCGAGUUUUCGUGGUGGAAAAAAGUUCUCAUUAGUUGUUUUCAUGCCAGCAUAAAAAGAGUCACGUUUCGUUUGUCGACUCUGGUGAGAUUGUGUUGAAGCCAGUUGAAGACACCAAAGGAACCAGUACGUCUUAAGAAUGAGGAGUGAACCAGGCCCAGUUCAGAUCGUCACGGUGUGUAAGGAGGAUCACUCCUUCGGUUUGGACACCAAGGCUUUGGCUCGGAUUCUGUUGGCUCCUGAGGUCCGAGACAAACAUGUGGUAGUGUUGUCAGUGGCUGGAGCCUUCAGAAAGGGAAAGAGCUUUCUGCUGGAUUUUAUGCUCCGUUACAUGUAUAGAAAGGGUGAUGAGAACUGGCUGGGUGAGGGUAAUGAGCCGCUGACUGGAUUUUCUUGGAGAGGGGGUUCAGAACCAGAGACAACCGGCAUCCAGCUGUGGAGCGAAGUUUUCCCUGUUACAAAGAGCGAUGGAACAGAGGUGGCAGUGGUGCUGAUGGACACUCAGGGAGCCUUUGAUAGUCAGUCCACCGUGAAGGACUGUGCCACCAUCUUUGCCCUCAGCACCAUGACCAGCUCAAUACAGAUCUACAAUUUGUCACAGAACAUACAAGAGGACGAUCUGCAGCAGCUACAGUUGUUCACAGAGUAUGGUCGUCUCGCCAUGGAUGAGAUCUUCCUGAAGCCCUUUCAGUCUCUGAUGUUCGUAAUCAGGGACUGGAGCUUUCCUUAUGAAUAUGCAUACGGUUUUAAAGGAGGCAGUGAGUUCCUGGAUAAACGAUUACAGGUUAAGGAGGCCCAACACGAGGAGCUGCAAACAGUGAGGGAGCACAUUCAUUCAUGCUUCACCAAAAUUUCCUGCUUCUUGUUACCUCACCCUGGGUUGAAAGUUGCUACCAGCCCUUCUUUUAAGGGACAGCUUAAUGACGUGGCCCCAGAGUUCAGAGAGCAGCUGAAGAGCUUGAUUCCUAAACUGCUGCACCCGGAUCGUCUGGCUGAGAAAGAAAUAAAUGGAAACAAAGUCACUUGCCGGGGCCUGCUUGAGUUCUUCAAGGCUUACAUCAAGAUUUACCAGGGAGAAGACUUGCCACAGCCAAAGACGAUGCUCAUGGCUACAGCAGAGGCCAACAACCUGGCAGCCGUGGCAGCAGCCAAAGAUCGGUAUUACAAGAACAUGGAGAAGGUGUGUGGGGGAGACUUGCCCUAUGUGUCUCCUGACUCUCUGGAGGAAAAGCAUCACUUUAACUCCCGAGAGGCUCUUCAUGCCUUCUCCUCGACCAAGAAGAUGGGCGGACAAGAGUUUUGUGACCGUUACCAAGUACAGCUGGAGAAGGAGCUGGACGAAAUGUGGCAGUCAUUUAGCAAACACAAUGAGUCAAAAAAUCUCUUCAGCGCCUUCCGGACACCUGCAGUGCUGUUUGUCCUGGUGUGCCUUCUCUACGUGCUGUCAGGUGUGUUGCUCUUCAUCGGCCUGUCCACCUUCGCCUUGGUGUGUGACUGUACUCUGGGUGUGGUCAUGAUGUCCAUGCUGACGUGGGCCUUCAUCCGCUACUCCGGUCGGUACCGGACUGUAGGAGGAGCCAUCGACCAGGCAGCAGGUGUCGUCCUGGAGCAGGCCACCGUGGUGUUGAACAAGUCGAGGGGUACAGGCACUGUUGACCAGAAGAAAUCCAGUUAGAGGACCUCUGAACCUUCAUAAUCUUGAUGCAAUGCAACCAGCGCACAACACAAGCACACAUUCAGCACUAAAGCCUUAUCAUGCCACCCAUUGGAACAAACAUGCAGCUAAACCACAUUGGCACAAGGUAAAAAUAUGAUGCCAAUUUACCAGCAUCUGUAUUAUGCACGUUACUCUGCCUGUUAAAGUCUAGGCCCAUAAAGGUGUCUGGAUUCACUCCGUCAGGGAUUGAAACCAUCACAAUCCCUCUUAUUGAUCCUCGAUGUCUUAAAUUGACACUGCCGUCAUUUUACAAGUUUACAAUUGGUCUUAAUAGACGAGUCAAUGUUUACCUUUAAACUUAAAAACACUUAAAUUUUCUAUUUCAGCUGAAUGCAUCUUACUUGGCUGUAUAUUGCUCAGACAGGGUAAUCAGGGUGCUUUUCAAACAGAGCUUCUGCAUUAUAUCUUUAAAGAAUUACCUUUAAACUAAAUUCUGGCUUUAAAGCUUUGACAUUUAUACAUAUUUCUUUGUGGCUAUAUUUUUUUACGUUGUGGCCUUAAAAACAUUCCAUUCUUUUCGAUUUUGCUUUAUAUUUGAUAUAAAUUAGCAUUUUCCAGAGUGAACUAUCACUACUUUAAAAGGGGAAGAGGAUACACAGUUUCUAUAUAGCACAGCAGGUUUUGUAAACUGCAUGUAAUGGGAGUUCAGUUGAAUCUUGUAUGUUUCAAGUGAUUUGCCGUUUAUUCCUAAUGGAAAUGUUAAACUUUGUAGAUUUUGAUAUACACUUCUAGAAAAAUGAUAUAUAUAUAUAUAUAUACAUAUAUAUCAUUGAUAUAUGAUAUAUAUAAGUAAGUAGCUUAAUUUCAGCAACAUUUUCCAACUCCAAAGACAUUAAUGGAAUACUCCAAGGUAUUGUUAAACCCAAUAUAAUAAAACUAGCAACCAGUCAGCCAAAGAGUUAGCUUUAAAUAUUUGAAUUACACUUUGUCCUUGUACUCUUACCACUUCAAACCUCAGUAAAUAUAAGCUCAAAUAAAGUCUGCAGUGUAAACAGGAGAGUUCUGUUUCUUCAAAAAUUUAGAAACGACUACAAUCAAAGUCAGAAAACACUGUUAUACAGUGAUAAACAUGUAGCAGAUAACAAGCAGAAUGCACACUACUAAUAAGCGGUAAAACCUGCCCCCCUCUUCUGCUUGUAUAUGCGUCUCAGUUUUCAGAGGUUUGCACCAAUUGAACAGGUUCUGAUCAAAUUUGGCUGUUGUAAAAUGAGUCCUUCACACGUAGUCCUGUUGGUAUAUUAUUUCCUGACGUAAUGCCUUUAGGGACCCUUCGUAGCCUGUGUUAUCAGCUGCACUGUAAGAAAACACUGCGAUAUAUCACUGAUACAGUUAAUAGAGUUCAUAUUGGUGAUCUGGAUAUUUCCACUGUGUCUGUAUUAAGGUUCUAAUGUCAUCUGAAGUGUAACUGUAUAAGAAAACCUUGUCAAUGUAAAACUUCUUCUUGAAUAUGACAAACUUUGCCAUCAAUCCAGCUUGAAACUAUUGCGUUAGAGAUUUACUUCCACGUAAUGCUUAUGUAACGUUUAAUGAAACCAUAUUACAGGAAAGGAAAAAUUAUAAAUUUGGGCCAACUUGUUGCAUAGGUCCACGUUUACUUGCACUCAUUUAAUCAAUCAGCUUUAUUUUUUUCAGAAAUCAGUCAUACAGGGAAUUAAAAAGGUGGAUUUAUUAGGUUUUAGUUUUCCUUUGUGUGGCCAAGGCAGGGCUUUCUCAGGCCAACCCAGAAUGAAUCAGGCAUUGGAUUAAAGGACUCUGAUUAUUUGCAGGUGUGCCCUACAUCUCUGAAUAUGAUUAAAUGCAGAUUCUUUCAGGAAAUAUUGGAUUGGCAGUGGAAUGCAUGUCGUGUUGUAAAAUAGACCUUUUGAAAUGCCACAAGAGAGAAAGUAUUAUCUGCACUUCAGCAUCUAACCAUAUAUAUAUAUUCCCUGUGCUCAAAUACAGAGUGGAAACACACGAAGCUGACUAACGGUGUCUUCAUCUCACAGUGAUUGUUUGAUACUGUAGGUAUAAGUUGUAAGAAUACGGGGCCAAAACAGAAGUGUAGAAAUACGGAGGAUGAGAGAUUUAAUCAAUUACCGUGUUUUUGCACAUUCCAUGUCUGACACUUUCCACAAGAGGAGGAAACGUUAGGAUGUUUUACAGGCACUUUCUAUUGCACUUCCCCUCCUCUUUGGUGCUCUUUGCACACAGCUCGUUCCAAAAGUGGAUAAAUGCAUGCAAUAUUGUAGUAACGGCUAAUGUAAUCAUCUCCUGUAGGGCUACGGUGGCUGUGACUAGAGAAAUGCUGUUUUAUAAAGAAUAAACAGAGCUUGAAACUGUU